AUGGUUGAAAAUGCGACUAGUGAGAGAACAUAUAUAUUUGAGCCAAUUUUAGGAGAGCUGGUUGAAGAUUCAGGGACUAGUACACCAUUACUUGAGUCAAUGAGAGGGACAUCGACGCAAAACAAUAAGCGGUAUCACUCUAGUUUCGAUAGAACAAAAAUUGGAAGUGACCGCAUAACUGAACAUAACUUCAAGAACUCCUCAGAAUUAUCAGCCCGACACAUUAUUACUAUAGCUUCAUCAAUGUUUCUAGGCAUAUUCCUUGCUGCUCUUGAUAAUACUGUUGUCUCUACCUUAUUGCCUCACAUUGGAUCAGAGUUCAAUGAUAUGCCCAGAAUAUCUUUGGUGGCUACAGUGUAUCUUAUGUCCAGUGCUGUUUUUCAGCCAUUGUUUGGAAAGAUUUCAGAUAUAUUCGGGAGGAAGCCACUGCUUGUCUUGAGUAACAUGAUGUUUUUCUUCGGUUGCCUGAUAUGCGGUUUAAGCUAUAACAUCUGGUGGUUAAUAUUUGGCAGAUUCGUCACGGGGAUUGGCGGGGGCGGUCUCACGUCUAUGUGUACAAUCACUUUGAGCGACAUUAUUCCUCUUCGAAACAGAGCAGUAUAUCAAGGAGCUGGUAACUUUUUCUACGCUUUAGGAACUGCUUGUGGUGGAUUAGUUGGUGGAUUGUUUAGCCAAUACGGAAGAGGUUGGAGAAUGGCUUUUCUUGUACAGCUGCCCUUUUGUUUUCUUAGCUGCAACUUAAUCAUAAUUUACUUGCGACUAGCUAGUGACAAAGAUAUCUCAGAAAGAUCCCCUUUAACUUACAAGCUUAAGCUGAUAGAUUGGUAUGGUGUCAUAGCUUUGAUAUCCUUUCUAUUGUUGCUCAUGGUGACAAUAACAGUUGGUGGCCAGUACAUGCCAUAUCGCUCUAUGAAUUUCCUUCUACUAUGCAUCGCAGUGUGUGUUUCUGGUCUUAUAUUUGUCUAUACAGAAAUUUAUUGGACAAGCGACCCAAUUCUUCCUGUUUCCUUUCUCAAAAACAAAAGUGUUUUAGGUUCGAGUCUCGCAAAUUGGUUUUGUAUGAUGGGAAUGAUGACAACGACCUACUAUUUGCCAAUCUACUGGUCAAGCGUGUUAAACCAAGGGCCGGUCGAAAUAGGCAAAAAAUCUGUAUCCAGCUUCUUCAGCAUGGCCUUUGGUUCAUUCGGAACGGGGUAUUAUGUGAAAAGAUUUGGAAAAUAUUACAAACUUAUGCUAUUAUCUUGCCUCAUAUUGAUAGUUGGGCAGCUCCAAAUCAUCUCUAUCAAUCCAAAAAUGUCUCAAUGGAGACAGUCUAUCCUUCUAGCUGUACCAGGGCUUGGUGUCGCAAUAUUGAUUACGGUUACACUAUUGGCAAUGAUAGCCGCUGUUCCACAAAAGCACCAGGCAGCCACAACAUCAAUUUCGUACGCUUUCAGAACAACAGGAUGCACAAUUGGUGUUUCACUCGGUGCAGCAAUAUUCCAAAAUUGUCUGAGAAGUGUUGUUACAAAGGCUGUAAUGAGCUUUCAUAGCAAUAUACAUUCUGAAAGGGAGCUCGCUUAUAUCAUUGAAAGAGCUUUACAUUCAUCUGACUGGGUAAACAAUGGCUCACCUGAUUUUGUACGCCAGACCUUAUUGGAUUGUUACCAGUAUGCAUGUGACAAGACAUUUAAAUUUUGCCUUAUUUGUUUUGUUUUGACAGCUGCUUCAUGUUCAGUAAUCAAGGAGCAUAAGUUGCCUACAGCCCUUGACUCAGAAGACUGUUCUCAUGAAUAG